CAAUCUCCCCUUCUUUCUGGAUUGUGACGUCAGAAAAGUGGCUGCCUUCUCUUUCCCUUUUUAAAAGAGUGAUUAGAUAGAACUGGAACAAGCUUCUUGAUUCGUUUAUCUAUGGUGGUAGUGUUGUAGUAUUAGUAUUUAUUACACUUGCAUAUAUAGAUUGAUUGAUACAUAUAUAGAUAGAUAGAUACGGGAGGAUCUGAGAAGAAUGGGAAUAGAUCCGAGACAAAUAGUGGCAGGGGUGCUUACAGUCACCAUGUUUCUAAUGCUUGGUAACAUGGUUAAGCGUGAACAUUUUGAUGCUCCUAUUUCUCAUCAUGUCAACCAUGCCGGAUCUACCCAAGCUUUUGAAGACACCAAGGAUUCGGAAAAAAGCCUUGCAGUUGAUGGCGAUGACGAUGGCCCAUGGAAGGAGGAAAGUUCUGGUCUCAAGCCUUGUUGGUCUAAGCCAGGUUUUGAAGAGGAUGAAGAUUCUAAAGGGUUCGUCACUUUCUCAUUAACCAAUGGACCCGAAUACCACGUCUCUCAGAUUACGGAUGCAGUAGUAGUGGCAAGAUACCUGAGGGCAACACUUGUGAUUCCCGAUAUAAGGGGAAGCCAACCUGGUGACUGGAGGAACUUUGGAGAUAUUUACGACAUUGAGAAGUUUGUAAGCAGCCUGGAAGGAGUGGUGAAAGUAGUAAAAUCCCAGCCUUCCGAGUUAUCAUCAAAGAAUCUCGCUGUUCUAAGGAUUCCCAAUAGAGUUACAGACGAAUACAUAGCGGAAAACAUCGAACCAGUCUUCAAAAGCAAGGGAAACGUAAGAGUAGCGACUUACUUCCCUUCAGUGAACAUGAAAAAGGGUAAAAUCGAACAAGAAAAAGAGAGAAACUCCGUCGGAUGUUUAGCCAUGUUUGGAAGUCUUGAACUCCAACCAGAGGUCCGGGAGGUGGUUGAUUCAAUGGUUGACCGGCUCAAAACGUUGAGUCGGAAGUCCGAUGGACAGUUUGUGGCGGUGGAUGUGAGACUUGAUAUGUUGGACAACAAGGGUUGCCAAGGAAAUGGCGAUGGGUCUAAAAAAUGUUAUGGCCCACAAGAGAUCGCAAUGUUUUUGAGAAAACUAGGGUUUGAUAAGAACAGUGCUAUAUAUAUGACACAAUCACGAUGGGACACCAGUCUUGAUGCUAUCAAAGACCUCUUCCCAAAAACUUACACGAAGGAAGGAAUAAUGCCAAUGGAGAAGAAGCAAAAGUAUUUGGGUUCGGAUGCUUCAGAGUAUGAGAAGGUGAUAGAUUUCUAUGUAUGUUCAGAGAGUGAUGUAUUCGUGCCAGCAAUUUCAGGGUUGUUUUAUGCAAAUGUUGCUGGAAAAAGAAUUGGGACAGGGAAGACUCGAAUAUUGGUUCCUGCAAAUAUUCCUUCUGAUGCCUCGGUUUCUUUGGGGAGUUAUGUUUCGCGUUAUGUAUCAAAGAAGAACCAUAUGGCGUAUUCAUGUUUCUGCUAGAGCAUCUUCUUUUUGGUGAUAUGAAAUAAAUGCGUGACAAAUGGGGAGAUGUAGGAUCCAGAGUUUGAUUUAGAUUGCUUGCUUUUUGUAUUUUGGUAGAUGGAUUUCCAUAUAUUUAUAAUAGCAACCGAUGAUAGUGUGUUGUAAAACAUUCUGUUCGAGUUUUGUGAGUCAGCAAAAUAUUAUACGGAGUUGCAUUCUUCUUA